AUGGGUCAUGCUACUCCUUCUGAGUUGCUGAAUGUAUCUCCUUCCGAGGAACACCCUUCAUCGCAACGCCUUACCCCGGAAAACAAGAAUAAACGAGAUGCUGAGCCCAGUGGCCAGGAGGAUAACAGCUUUGUAAAUUCCAGAGUAGCGAGGUUGAGUAUAUGCGAAGACAGUACCACUGCGAGUGAAAUUAUGGCUGGUCUUAAGGAUUCAGAAAAAGUUGAAAUGGUGCAGGAUUCGAACAAUGGGAACUCAGAUCAACAGAACGGCAAGCGAGGCAAAAGAUCAAAAAGAAGAAGAUCCAGCGCAGUAUCCGGUCCUGGCUCGGCCAAGGUGAGACAAAGCGUUAAACAGGCAGCUUCUACUCAGGCGCCCGUAACGAAGAAGAAAAAAAAGGUACUGAAAGCACUAUUAGAAGUUAGAGAAAUUCCUGCUGGGCGAAAGAUAAACAUUAAGGACUUGAGAGAUUUGGUUGUUUUCAUUUUGGGUGGUACCAAUAAUUGUCCUAAAUGGAUUAACAUUGAGAAUAGACAGGCGAUCAGAAAAGUAGUUGUGUUUCUUGUCCCUGGGCUACAAGUCGAAGAUUUCGGAUUUUCAAGCGAUUGGAGGUUCAGCAAUUCUCAGCAAGCUUUGGGCGAAUCCUGCUUGAAAGAUUUAUCAGAUUCAGGCGCGAAGAAAGAUCUUCAAGUCUUCCCUGUCUCGGCACCAGGCUCUAAUACUUCACUUUUCUCAGCCUACAAUUCAUUCAUCAAUGUGGGGCUUUCCAAGAAGGAAAAGAAGAUUCGUCGUGAGGAGCUUGAUAGCAAGAAAAUUACGAUAAGCGAUUUGAUUUUGAGCUUAGAUGACUUGAUUGAAAAUAACUAUCCCAUUCACCGUGAUACCCCCGGUAUCACGGAUACUAUGAGGCAACAGUUGAUUCAGCAUUACGAACAAGAUCCCAUCGAAUAUGUUUCCACCGCUAAGUUUGACCAUGAGGGUUCUCAUAUUUUUGCUCUCGAUUGCGAAAUGUGUUUGGCAAAGGACGGAUUGGUCUUAACCAGAGUUAGCAUGGUUGAUUUCAAUCUCACAGUGAUUUACGACAAGCUUGUCAAGCCAGAUGUUCCGAUCAUCGAUUAUCUUACGAAGUAUAGCGGUAUCACAGAGGAGAAACUUCUGAACGUGGAUACAAAGCUGCAAGAUGUUCAGCAAGACAUCCUGAAGAUAGUUAGCGCGGAUGACAUUUUGAUUGGGCAUUCUCUGCAGAGUGACCUGGAUGCUUUGCAAAUGAAGCAUCCAAAGAUAGUUGAUACUGCAGUUAUAUUUGACCAUAAAGCCGGCCCGCCAUUCCGACCAGCUUUACGUUACUUAGCAUCAACUUAUUUGGAAGAUGACAUUCAGAAUAAUGACGCUGUUGGUCACGAUUCGAUUGAAGAUUCCAUUGCAUGUAUGAAGCUUGUGAAAAUGAAGAUCGCAAAUGGGAUGGGGUUUGGAAUUACUGCUAAUACUGAGGAUUUGUUUCGUCUGCUGGGAAAGGUAGGCGUAAAGUCUAUACGUUUGAGCGAUUCUGGGCCUAAAUUAUCAGUAAGCACAGCCGUAGGCUGCGAAUCUGCCAUACGAUGUCGAUCUGAUGCCGAGAUAAUCUCUGGAUUGCAUGAGAAUUUAAACAAAAAUGAUCUCCUGGUUUGUCGCCUGAGAGGGCUUGAAUUUGCGAGAGGCUAUGCGACUCCGCCAAUUAUCCGUUCAUGCGAGGUACCUAAUGCAGAGGAUGCGUUAGCUUUCUUCUCUGAUUCCUUGCAGAAAACUUACAACGAUGCUCCAUCCGGCACUCUGAUAAUGGUUAUGUCGGGUUCCGGUAAUACAAAGAAAUGGAGUGAAAUAAUGACAGCUAUCAAUAAACUAGACAAAGCCGAAAGAACUGAAGAAAGACAGAGACGUGAGAAAGACAUCGAGGAGGCGCUGGCUGUUGCGCGAGACGGCGUAGGCAUGAUGUUGCUCAAGCAAAGCGAAUAG